AUGCCUCGCACUCGAUCAACCGCGCCUGCUCCUGCGUCUGCAGAGAAGCUCAAAGCUGAGCAGGAAAAGACAUUGACACCUGCCGAAAGGCCCAGCAAGACCUUUGUCCUGCCGUCUUCCACAAGUGCCAAUGCGCGUUUGCUCUCCCUUCCCAAUCCCCAGUCGGGCGAACUCACGCGCUACUUCUUCUGCCCAGAGCGCGGUAUCUUUGAAUUUACAAUAGUCGCAUCGCCUCCAUCAUCGGCUCGCAGUAUUCUAUUCACCCCUCGUACGCGUCCAGCGACGAUUGCGCCGGAAAAUGAAGAAACUGCCACUCCGACAACGUCAAUUGCGAAGAAGGCAGAAUUGCUCGUUGCAACACCAAUCGAUUCGAUAUUCUUCCUGAUCUCUCUCUUUGCUGCCACCUCAAAGUCAGGUCAAUCGCUUUUCCAGCCGCUAGACGACAUUAUCGACUCGAACGACGACCUACCACUGCACCUGCGCAAUGUUCUCUACGACGACAAAUUUCGUGAAACCCUUCUUGCACGCGCAGAGGCUAUCUGCGACACAGUCGAGGCGGGCGAUGAGAAAAUGCUACGCUUUAGUGAGGCAAAGCUUUUAAAGGAAUUGGUUGCAAAGGCAGAACGGAUGGCAACACAAGGACUACCGGCCAGUUUGGAAGAGCGUUUCGUCCGCCAGCCAUUGGCCCCGCCGCUUAUGUCUGUGAAACGGGAAGAUGCCUUGACUGGGCAGCUCCCUGGUGAUGAAACUGCAAGUUCCAAGUCCGAAAGCCAGGGUUCUCCAUCUACGGUGACUACAACAGCCACGCCAUCUGUAUCGACCCCUGUAGGGGAAUCUACACCGGCUCCUCAGCCUCCAACGGACAAUGCCACUUCGGACCACAUCUACCAUGUGCAGCGAGUCUCCACAGCAUUGACUUUCAUCAAGGACUCAUACCUGCCCAAGUCAUUGUGCUCUCGGAUUGACGAGAUGCUCGCAUCCACAGAAAGUCCUUUGGACUUCAAACCAUUGACGGACCGCCUCGAGCAAAUUUCCCAUCUCCGUGCCGAAGCUUUGGCAUCACGGACAAUGUCAGACUUCAGUCGCAAGCGUGGCCUGGAUGACGAAGAGGUCGAGGCCCGUGCUGAGAAGAAGCGUAAGAAGGAGGAUGAGGAGAAGAAGGGCAAGGCCGCGGAAUCCCGUGGCGUUCGUGACUUGAAGAAGGUCAACACGACCGGCAUGAAGAAGAUGAGCGACUUCUUUGGGAAAGCUGCGGCAAAGUAG